AUGCUCCAAUCUCCGAUCAUCAGACUAGAGGACUACGCUGUUUCCGACAGGAAUGGCUUCCUCCCCACCAGUCCUCCUCUUGCGAAACUUCCCGCCUACUAUGAGCCUUGGGAAGCCCUCGCCGGUCGGUUAUCUACUCUUAUCAAAGAGGGGAGUAUCAGAUCAUUGAUUGAUGACCUUCCGAUACUCGAUGCCUUCUGGCUAAAGACAGAGCCUGAAAAGCGUCGUGCCUACUCAGUAUUAGGGUUUCUGACCCAUGCUUAUAUCUGGGGGGGCGAGAAGCCGAAAGAUACGAUUCCUCCUUGUAUCACAAAGCCUUUCCUCGAAGUCUGCCAACAUCUCGGACUCCCACCCUGUGCAACAUAUGCAGGGCUCACUCUGUGGAACUACACGGCGCCAGAGGGGGCAGAUAUCUCCGAUCCUGACAAUCUAUCGCUCUUGACUUCGUUCACUGAUACCGUCGAUGAAGAAUGGUUCCUACUUAUCUCAGUGGCUAUUGAAGCCAAGGGUGGCAAGCUGGUCUCCUUAAUGCUCGAUGCCAUUGCAGCAGCCACUGCCAACAAUGUGCCACGACUGGCUGCACUGCUGUGCAGAUUUACAGAUGGUCUGCGAGACUUUGAUUGCACACUCCAGCGCAUGCAUGAGAGAUGUGACCCUGAUGUGUUCUUCUACCAACUCCGCCCAUUCCUGGCUGGUAGCAAGAACAUGGCUAGUGCCGGCCUGCCUAAAGGUGUUUUCUAUGACGAGGGCAAUGGCCAGGGACAAUGGCAUCAAUACAGUGGAGGGAGUAAUGGUCAGAGCUCACUGAUUCAGACCUUUGAUAUCUUUCUGGGUGUGAAUCACUCGGCGACCGGGGGAAUCAGUGGCCCUUCUGGAUAUCUUCAAGAAAUGAGGGACUACAUGCCCGGACUUCACAAGCAGUUCCUACAGGCUUUGACAUACCAUUCCAAUAUCCGUUCCUUUGUGAUGUCCUCGCCGAAUGAACAAUCCUUGAAAGAGGCAUAUAAUGCCGCAUGCUUGACCCUCGCCGAAUUCAGAGGCACUCACAUGAAGGUUGUCUCCCGAUACAUCGUCCUAGCAGCCAAACGAGGUGCGCCAACGACACAGUCAUCCGAAAAUGUUAACCUCGCAACUGCGAGUGCUCAGGUGGACGGAUUGAAUGACGAGAACCCGUCUGGGUUAUAUGGAACCGGGGGAACUGCAUUGAUGCCUUUCCUGAAGCACACAAGAGAUACCACCAAGGAUGCGACUAUCUAG